AUGCAGCAAUCCAUUCUUCAACAAGCACAAGCUGCUGCAGCCAAUCUCGAAAGUCCCCCAGGACAGAACGCUCUUCUACAAGACAUUGAUCUCAUCAAUGCUGAAGACGACGCUCCCCCUCCUGCUUAUGGCGACACCUAUGGCGAGAUCAGCAACGAAAAAGCCGCCCCGGGCACCAGUGCUUGCGUGACCGAUGAUGGCCGUGUCAACAUCCGCAUCAAUCAUCUCAACAGGCGUCUGUCCCAAAUCUUUACUCCUGCCCUCCGCCAAGAGAUUGCUGAAGAUGAUCGCCCACCUCCUCCCCCGUACAUCCCUCCAUCCUUAGGAGGUGAAGAGGGAGUUCCUCCGCCUCCGCCCCUGAACGUCGUCAUCCAAGUCGUAGGAUCACGCGGAGAUGUGCAGCCGUUUGUUGCCUUGGGCAAGGUUCUAAAAGACACCUACGGUCAUCGAGUACGUCUGGCAACUCAUCCAACCUUCAAGGAGUUUGUGCAGGAGAAUGGCCUGGAAUUCUUCAGUAUCGGGGGCGACCCCUCCCGUCUGAUGGCCUUCAUGGUUAAGAAUCCUGGCCUGAUGCCGGGCUUUCGCAGUCUGGUUGGUGGAGAGAUCGGGGAGCGAAGAAGGGAUGUCGCCGAGUACAUUCAAGGCUGCUGGCGAUCAUGUUACCAAGCUGGAGAUGGGAUGAAUCUAGAUGACAUUUCCGAGCUCUCUGGCAAUGACCCUGCAACAAGACCCUUUGUCGCCGACUGCAUCAUCGCCAACCCCCCAAGCUUUGCCCAUAUUCAUUGCGCGGAGAAGCUAGGCAUCCCUCUUCACAUCAUGUUCACCAUGCCAUAUUCUCCCACUCAGGCCUUUCCCCAUCCGCUGGCCAACAUCCAAUCAUCCAACGCCGACCCUCAACUCACAAAUUACAUAAGUUAUUCCAUGAUCGAACUCCUCUCGUGGCAAGCCCUAGGCGACAUCAUCAACCGAUUUCGCGCGAGGUGUCUCGGCCUGGAUCCUGUGAGUAUAAUAUGGGGCCCCGGGAUGCUCCAGCGUCUCAAGAUUCCUCACACCUACUGUUGGUCUCCAGCCUUGAUACCCAAACCGAAGGACUGGGGUUCCUACGUAUCAGUGUCCGGGUUUUAUCUUCUUAACUUGGCCUCCAACUACACCCCUCUCCCUGAGCUCCAGGCAUUUCUCGACGCCGGUCCACCUCCCAUCUACAUUGGAUUCGGGAGCAUCGUUCUGGACGAUCCAAACGCCAUGACGGAGUUGAUCUUCGAAGCCGUCAGGAAGACCGGCCAGCGAGUCCUCCUUUCCAAAGGCUGGGGAGGCAUGGGCGCGGACGAGCUUCGUAUCCCUGAUAACGUCUUCAUGCUAGGCAACGUGCCCCAUGACUGGCUUUUCAAGCAAGUCUCGUGCGUCGUUCACCAUGGCGGCGCAGGAACCACAGCGGCAGGCAUCACUGCAGGACGGCCAACUCUAGUCAUCCCCUUCUUCGGAGACCAGCCUUUCUGGGGUUCCAUGGUCGCGCGAGCAGGCGCCGGUCCCGACCCGAUCCCUCACAAACAACUCACGGCGGACAAGCUAGCCGAAGCCAUCAACUUCUGCCUGAAACCUUCAAGCCUGGAACGUGCCAGAGAACUCGCAAGCAAGAUGUCAGAAGAGAGAGGCACCGACAUGGGAGCUCAGUCAUUCCAUCAACAUCUAGAGGUUGACCGUCUCCGUUGCACCCUCGCACCAUCUCGGCCAGCUGCAUGGCGCAUCAAGCGCACUCAGAUCAGGUUAAGCGCAUUCGCAGCCUGCACUUUAGCGAAUGCAAAUCUUUUGGAUUUCCGUGACUUGAAGCUCUUUCGGCCACAAGAGCAUUACACUGACGAAGGUCCUUUGGAGCCAAUAUCCGGAGGUACCAUGGCAUUUGCUGGGUCGGUCGGCAGCAUGUUGAUGGGGCUGGUCGAUUUUCCAUCGGAGACAUUAAAGGCAUUGAACAUGUCGUCUGGUCCCAGCCGAAAGCAGUCCCAGGCAUCAGUGCAGCCAAGCCAGGCAAACUUAGGUGUGCAGGAUUCUCUUGGUCGUGUUCAAAGCACUCCCGGUUCCUCAUCUUCUACUUCCAACAUUGGAUCAAGCUCCAUGUCGGAUUCUAAGGACCACGACAUGAUGCGCCAGACUGGCGCACACACAAGCAAAGGCCUUGGCCGUAUCAUAAAGGCGAUCGUGCAGGGACCCAUGGAUAUAUCAGUGAGUUUUACGAAAGGACUCCAUAACGUCCCCAAACUUCUAGGAGACGACACAGUUCGUCCUCAAGAACAAGUCAGCGACUUUAAAUCAGGUGCCCGAGCAGCAGGGAGAGAAUUUGGCCUGGGUUGGUACGAUGGUGUCACCGGCCUAUUCACUCAACCCUGGAGAGGCGCGCAGAAAGAGGGCUUCGGCGGGUUUUUCAAAGGUAUCGGGAGAGGGGUUGGAGGGUUCAUAGCCAAGCCGUGUGCUGGCGUUUUUGGCAUCCCUGGUUAUGUCAUGAAGGGGGUACACAAAGAAGUGCAGAAGUUGUUUGGAAGCAAUGUACAGAGCUACAUCAUUGCUUCCAGAACGGCUCAGGGAUAUGAGGAGUGGAUGAAGAGCUCUGAUGCAGAGAAGGAGGAUGUUAUUGUGCGGUUGAAAUUGAUUCAGAAGUACCUAAAGAAGAAGCUCGACCCUGAGAUGGUGCGGGAUCUCCUAGAAGCAUAG